AUGGCGGAGAUCGCCGAGCGGGCCGUCGCGGGCGAGCUGCCGGAGGAGCCGCGGCCGCCGCACGGUGAGGAGGAGGACGAGGAGGAGGAGGAGGAGGGGGACGUGUGCCGGAUCUGCCGCAACCGCGGCGACGAGGACCACCCGCUGCGCUACCCAUGCGCCUGCAGCGGCAGCAUCAAGUUCGUGCACCAGGACUGCCUCCUUCAGUGGCUCGACCAUAGCAACUCGCGCCAGUGCGAGGUCUGUAAACACGCAUUCUCCUUCUCACCCGUGUACGCUGAGAAUGCUCCGACAAGACUUCCUUUCCAGGAACUGAUAGUUGGUGUUGGAAUGAAAGCAUGCCAUGUGUUUCAAUUCAUCCUUCGGCUUGCCUUUGUUCUCUCAGUUUGGCUCAUGAUUAUCCCGUUCAUUACCUAUUGGAUAUGGCGGUUAACAUUUGUGAGAAGUCUUGGUGAAGCACAAAGGCUGUUCCUCAGUCACAUCAGUGCUCAGUUGAUCCUUAGUGAUUGCCUUCAUGGGUUCCUUCUCUCAGCUAUCAUUGUCCUUGUAUUUCUCGGAGCCACCUCAUUACGGGACUACAUAAGGCAUUUGCGUGAACUUGGUGGACAUGAUGCUGAGAGGGAUGAUGGAGGCCGUGAAAGGCAUGGUGCUCGGGCUGUCAGGAGGCUAGCUGGUCCUAAUAAUAGGGUUCCUGCAGAUGGAAAUAUUGAUGAAUUAGCAGAAGCCCAAGGAAUUGGUCCUGGUGAACUUCUGAGGAGGAAUGCUGAAAAUGUUGCUGCUCGAUUAGAACGACUUGAGGCUCAGGUUGAGCAGAUGCUUGAUGGUCUGGAUGACGCAGAUGGUGCAGAGGACGUUCCUUUUGAUGAACUUGUUGGUAUGCAAGGCCCUGUCUUCCACUUGGUUGAGAACGCAAUAACAGUUUUGGCCAGCAAUGCUAUAUUCCUCAUUGUUGUGAUCUUUGUUCCAUUCUCAUUGGGAAGGAUUGUCCUGUACUAUCUAUCAUGGUUUUUCUCUUCAGCUUCUACUCCUAUGCUUGCAAAAAUGAUGCCCUUCACAGAAACGGCUAUUUCUAUAGCUAAUGAUACAUUGAAGAGCGCACUUAAUGUUGUGAAGAAUUUUUCUUCUGACAGUAAUAAUGAAGGUGUUAUCGGGCAUGUGAUUGAGGUUGUUACUCAAUCCUUGAAGAUAAAUGCCACUGGUCUUAGUGUAAUUCAAGGCACUGGGAAGAGCAGUCUGAUGAAAGGAACAACAAUUGGCUCAUCUUACCUUUCGGAUUUGACAACUCUUGCUGUUGGAUACAUGUUCAUCUUCUGUCUUGUAUUUUUGUACAUUGGAUCGCUGGCUUUACUUCGAUAUGCCAGGGGAGAACGUUUCACCAUCGGAAGACUCUAUGGUAUAGCUACUAUAUUAGAGGCCAUCCCUUCUCUAUGCAGGCAGUUCUUUGCUGGAAUGAAGCACCUUAUGACUAUGGUCAAAGUUGCAUUCCUUCUGGUCAUUGAGCUUGGUGUAUUUCCUCUCAUGUGUGGUUGGUGGCUUGAUGUUUGCACUCUAAAGAUGUUGGGCACAACAAUUGCGCAGAGAGUUGAAUUCUUUACUAUAUCACCCUUGGCGAGCUCAUCUAUCCAUUGGCUAGUUGGGAUUGUGUAUAUGCUCCAAAUAAGCAUAUUUGUCAGCCUUCUUCGAGGGGUGCUGCGCAAUGGAGUUCUUUAUUUUCUGCGGGACCCUGCUGAUCCAAAUUACAAUCCAUUUAGGGAUUUGAUUGACGAUCCUGUGCAUAAGCAUGCCCGGCGAGUUCUUUUGUCAGUUGCAGUGUAUGGAAGUUUGAUUGUCAUGUUGGUAUUCUUACCUGUAAAACUGGCCAUGAGAGUAGCUCCUUCAAUUUUUCCUCUGGACAUCACCAUAUUUGACCCGUUUACUGAGAUUCCAGUUGAUGUCCUUCUGUUCCAAAUAUGCAUACCAUUCGCUAUUGAGCAUUUCAAGCCUCGUGCAACCAUUAAAUCUCUUUUACAUCAUUGGUUUGCUGCGGUUGGUUGGGCCCUUAGCUUAACCGAUUUCUUGCUGCCAAAACCUGAAGAAAACGGUGGGCAGGAAAAUUGGAAUGGCAGGGCAGAAAGAAGAGACAGGGGACAUGGUGGGCGGGAAAUGGUUGCCCCACAGGUCGAACAACGCAUGAUACAACAUGUUGCCGCAGAAGAUAAUGGCAGGGGAAAUGCAAAUGAAGCAAAUGAUGCCACUGAAGAAUCUGAUGUAGAUGAUCAGGGAGACUCUGAGUAUGGCUUUGUGCUUCGGAUUGUGCUCUUGCUUGUACUGGCAUGGAUGACGCUACUGAUAUUCAAUGCUGGAAUGAUAGUUAUUCCUAUCUCGCUUGGCCGUCUGGUUUUUGAGGCUGUUCCCCGCCUGCCAAUCACACAUGGCAUCAAGUGCAAUGAUCUGUUCUCCUUUAGCAUUGGGUACUAUAUUCUCUGGAGUGCGGCAGCUGGGACCAGAUAUGCGAUUGAUUACAUCAGAUCACGACAGCUGGGAUUUCUGGUACAACAGAUCUGCAAGUGGUGCUCAAUUGUUUUGAAGAGCUCUUUUCUCUUGUCAAUAUGGAUCUUUGUUAUUCCUGUGCUGAUUGGACUCCUUUUUGAGCUGCUGGUCAUCGUACCCAUGAGGGUGCCUAUUGAUGAGAGCCCUGUCUUCCUAUUGUACCAGGAUUGGGCACUGGGGCUAAUAUUCUUGAAAAUAUGGACUAGACUGGUUAUGUUGGAUCAGAUGGCACCUUUGGUUGAUGAAAGGUGGAGGUCAAAGUUUGAGAGAGUUAGAGAUGAUGGCUUCUCCCGUUUAAGGGGUCUGUGGGUCCUCCAUGAAAUUAUAAUGCCGAUUAUCACCAAACUCCUUACAGCUCUCUGUGUCCCAUACGUCCUUGCAAGGGGCAUCUUCCCGGUCCUGGGUUACCCACUCAUAGUGAACUCAGCAGUGUACCGCUUUGCCUGGCUUGGAUGCCUGAUCUUCAGCGCACUCUUCUUUUGUGGCAAGAGAUUCCAUGUCUGGUUCACCAACCUCCACAACUCCAUCAGGGAUGACCGCUAUCUGAUUGGCCGGAGGCUGCACAACUUUGGCGAGGACUCGCACUCACCCGAGCCAAGUGAAUCUGGAGCAACUAUAGGGUCAGAUGACCAGGACCGAGCUCUUGUCCUGCGAGAUCAGGAAGAGGACGUGGGUUUGAGGAUGAGGCGCAAUAAUAUGCGUGCAAACCAACAACCCAGGCUGGCUUUAUAA